CGCAUCUUGAGCGACCACUUACUCCAGCUACUGGAGCUUGUCGUUGGCGUGUCAAUUGGGAUGUUGUUCAGCGUGGUAGGCAUGGUGGUCAACAUUCUGGUCAUGGCCGUGUUCGUCCGGCAGAGGUUCGGCGACAAUGUCACGAUCACUUUGUUCAGUAUCGCGUUCUGGGACUUUGUCGUCUGCUUGUCUCUCCACAUGACCACCUACGUGCCUCUGGUCAGACUCUACGCGCCGGCCGCAGCUCACAGCUUCAACAGCGUGGCUACUCUUGUGUUCCGAUCUCUGGACACUGUGGGAUCGGUUGUCUCUCUUUGUCUGGCAGCGUUUCUGGGCGUGAGUAGAUGUAUCUUUGUCACGUGUCCGUUCCGAGCUAAGUCUCUGCUCACGGCCCGCCGCACUGUCCUUCUCGUGGUCAGUAUCUCUGUGCUCGUGUUCUGUUGGAUGAUUAGCAGUUUCUCCACUUCAACACUCGUCUCCGUUUUCAGUUCUCAGUUCAACCAGUCUGUUCUUGUCAUCAAAACACGGCCUAAUACCGAACUAGAGACCGCUUACUACGCCGCUUUGAUAGUCUGUCCUAAUCUCUCCUUCUUCAUCAUCAUCAUCAGCACUAUAGCCAUCUCUUACGCUCUUAAGAAGUCGGUUAAGUUCAGAGCCAACAUGGUCCCAAACGUUUCCGCUUCAUCGGCAAAAAGCCAUGACGUAAUCUCGACGAAAGAACGAAAGAUCACCAAGAUGCUGGUGGUUGUCAUGGCAGUCUACAUGAUCCUCUUCCUCAUCCCACACUGGACCAUGGGCAUCGCUGUGGGACUCGAACCCAAACUCUAUCCGUUCGAAGCGUACCACAAUCUCCUCCACGCUGUCACCAUGUUUAUUCAGGUGUUCUGUGUCAUCAACAACUGUUGUAUCAACUUUUUCGUCUAUCUCAAAAUGAGUUCCGCUUUCAGAGCUACUUUUAUGAGAAUGGUGUUCAAAGUCCGACCUCAGGGUAGAAAUUGCGUUGUCAAACAGCACACCCUUAAUUGUCAGGAAAAUCACGGGUAAAGGAGAUCGUAUACAUUUGUGGGGAAUCGUGGUGAAAUCAGGCCCCCAUCAAAAUUCGGAAAUCGAAUGAAUAUGAGAGGAAGCAUGGUGGAAUCAGGCUGUAGUCAAAAUAAUCAAA